GCUGCACAAUUUGUCGCUUAUUUUAAAUGCCAUGUUAAGUGCAGCAUUGGCAGCCCUGAGCUGGACCCGGACCGCAUUGGAGUAGUAGUGAUAUUUCAGGGGGAUUUGCGAAAACUCCGUGUCAGGAGCUGCCUGUGGAUUUUCCUGAGCUCUGCGUUUCUCCAGUUUGCUUUUCCGCACUUUUGCGCAAAGCGGAAAAGCGCGUUUCAGUGUUGCUGUCAAUAUGUUAUUUCCUUAAAAUUAAUUCAUACUGCAUAUCUAAUGAGUCUGCGUAUUUCCCGAUUUUUGUUAUGCAUCCGACAAAAACAAUGAAUAUGCAAAAAAAAAAAAUAUAUAUAUAUAUAUAUAUAUGUCAAAAACAUCUCUCUGGCUCUUUAAGUGGGCUGCUUGCUGUAGCAUCUGCUGAUGGUUUGUAUGCGAAUCCGCCUGCGCCGAUCUCCCUGCGCCCCGGUCCGUCCGAUUGGGUCGCGGCGAGGCGAAGCUCCAGCCCCUUCUCGCUAACGAUGCUGCAGCCUGUCACACAGUAGCACAUUAGGAUGGCUGGAUGCCGGGAAAAGUUCAAAUUUCGCGUUUAAUAAUAAGGAUCGCUGUUUCUGGCAAGCCAGUUUUAGGAGACCACAUUUGCUCCAAAUGCUGUUGUGGUUUCAUCAGAAAUUUUUAAAAUAAGCCAGUUCCUCCGGACAGCGCCGAUGGCAUGCCGUCACUGCUUGUUUCGCUCGCACCUGACAGCCGCGGCAUCUCCCAGAUCGCCGGAGUGGGGCUGCGCCCCUGGCGCUCCCUUCUGCUGACCCCGGCGAUCGAAAACCAGAUAAGCGGGGACCCUGCGGGCGGAGUGCGGCCCCGUUACGUUGCUGCAGAGCGUAAGUACAAUACGAUCAUUAAUACGGCAAAGCCUGCGAUGAACAGCGCCGUGGCAGCCUGCCUCGCUCGGACAUGUGCCCGCUGGGCGUGUGCUGUAAUUCUCACUCAAUAUGAUUACCGUUAACAUCGUUUUACAGAAUUAACUUAAAUGGGGAUUUAAUAAUUGGAUGACGUUUAGUGUGAAGCGGAAGGGUCACCGCAUGGGCUCCUUUGGUCAUUUCCCACCACAUGUACUUCGUUUUGCUGCCGGUCUUUUUUUUUUAGCCGGCCUCCUUUUAUUUAUUUAUUUUUUAUUGUCGCAAAAAGAUCGUUAUUUUGCGAUCACAUGGCUACUUUUGCUUACUGCAAAGGCUGCGCUGAAGAAUAUGUCGUUUAUGGGAAGAUCGACUUCAGACAGUAUCGGGUCCCUAAGCGACCUCCCGGCGGACAGCUGGAUGUCUCACCUGCCGUCUGCGCUAUGGGACAUGCCUCUGUGCAACUUGGCUAUCCCAGGUCUCCAGUCGACCUGGCACAGCCCGAUGUUCUUCAGACGCUGGACAAGUACAUGAAACCCCUGAUUCGCCCAUUUGUGUACAAGUGGGCGAUGGCGCAGGAAACCAGUGUGAAGGAGCAGCUGGAUUGUGGGGUGAGAUACUGUGACCUCAGGAUCGCUCGGCGACCCAACGACAACUCAGCGCACCUGUACUUCUACCACGGCGUCUACACCACAGUGACUGUAGAGGCUGUCCUGACGGAGAUCAGAGAGUGGCUGGACAUGCAUCCCAGGGAGGUGGUUAUCUUGUCCUUCAGUCACUUCCUGGAGCUCAACCUGGACUGUCACAACCUCCUGAUUCAGACCAUAAAAGAUGUGUUUGUCUCAAAACUGUGCCCAAAAACGGAACCCAUAACCCUGCGGAACCUCUGGCAGCUGGGUUACCAGGUGAUCGUCUCCUACGAACACAACAUUAAAAACAUACACAACGAGCUCUGGUCCCACAUCCCCUACUGGUGGGCCAACAAGUGCAAAGCAGAAGCUCUAAUUGAGGAGUUUGAGAAGCGAAGGAAACAGCAGGGUCGCCCAGGGGGCUUCUAUGUAACCGGGAUUAACCUCACUGAAGACUUGAAGUACAUCUGCUCGCACCCUACUGAGUCCUUGAAGGACCUGGUGAUGUCCACCUACCCGGUGCUGCUGGAGUGGGUCAAGGGCUUAUGUCCUGGGUCCAAUCCUGGCUCCAUCAACAUCAUAGCGGGGGACUUUGUGAGUGAGAGUCACCUGGUGCCAACAGUGAUCGCACUGAAUGAGAAACUACUCAACUGGAUUUAAUGGCCAGGCUGUUCUGAAUCAUUCAAUGUUUCCAUGUGUCAAUAAACAUUUAGAGGUCAAAUCCAAACAGGACACUUAAGAUGCCCCAACAAAAGUCAUGGGAUAGAUUGCAAAUUAAAGGAAGGCCACGAUCGACUUCCAGGGCGCAGUUUUCAAACACCCACCACAAUGAGAUACAUAGUCUGUGCUCAGUUAUAUGCUAAUGGUGAUAAUUGGCUGUUCAUAACUAUAGGAAUUCCAUGACUUUUGAUAGGGCUACAGAGCCACAGGACAAGGUCUUUCUGACAGAUUUUACACAGGACACACAUAAGAUUAAAUGUAUGAUAACGCAUAAAUGUGUUAUGAGGCACAAAUACAUAUUUAUGAGGUGCUGCUGGGUGUCAGUAGUAUGAGUCAUAACCUUACUAAAGCAUAUUCUGAACAAUACUAAGAUUCUUCUUAUUAACACACCUACAGGUAAAAUACAUUUAAGCAUCCAACUAGCUAAAGAAUAUAUACAAACUUAAAACUCGUGGAAAAAUUGGUUAAAUUUUGGCAGAUAUUUAGGUUAUAAAUCCUUGCAUGAAAAUACAGUCUUAUCCUUGUAACAACACAGUAAAUAUCCACUGCAUACUGUCUAGGUUAAUAAAGCAUGUCUAGUUUAUAAUUUAGUAUAUUCAUUUCAUAUUCAAGUUACCUCCACAAAUAAUUUUAGGGUAAAGUAUGAUUGACCGCCAUCUUUAAUGGUCAGGACUAGGAUAUAUAUACACGUGACCCCUGACGUACUUGAAUAUACAGUAGUUCGGGUCUGAGGUGUUGAAAGGCCGUUUUUAGAACUACUGUCGAUAAGUAGGUUUUUUAAUGUUGUUAUACUGCGCGGAGUAUUUGCGGUCUGGUGAUUUGGCGAUGCUAGUGUGUGGGUCGUUAGAGUGGGCUGUUAUUUUUCGGCGCCCUGAAAUACUUAAGGUAAGCACAUUUGCACUGGUCUCUCGUGCAUACAUUAUUUUUAUGAUGUUCUGCUUAUUUGAUAGGAUAAUGAAAGCGUGCAAUUAAUAGUUUCUCAGAUCAUCCCAGGCUAACUAUUAGACCUACCUGACUAACUGCACAUAAACAAAUUACGUGUUUCUCAACCAAAAAACGAAUUGCAAUAUAAUUUUUCUAAUUCUCUUGUGCGUACUGGAUUGUAUUUCAGCAACCUUCCGUAAUUAAUUGGGUCUAUUUGAAUAAAACAUAUCUGUAAUGAUAGUUUUUUUAUUUUUAAGGAAGUAUGUUUGUAGAUGCAUAAAUAACAUUUGCGUUUUGGUUCUUUAGUAAUGUAUUAUAAAAUGAAUUCGUAUUUAAAUGGUUUUGUCUAAAUCUAUUAGACUAGACCAACCGAGGGUGGUGUCUAUUUCAUGCGUCUUAGGGUAUGAUACUGACAGUCCAUCUAAGAGCCAUACACAUGAACACGCUCCCCCACUGGGGGUAAUGCAAAGUCGUCAGUCAGCCUAAAUGCAUGUCUUUGGACGUCCGCGCGACGCAGGAAGAAUCCGCGAGCUGCACACUGCCCUCUGAGCCGCUUCCGAAGCAAUGUCUAAAAACACCCAGCACUGGAAUUUUUUCGUUAUUCACCCAACCUUACAUUUUAACCAUUUUGUUUAUAUUUAUUGCAAUGCUCUCUUAAAAUAAUUUAUGUUUUAACUAUAAUAAAUGCACUAAAGUCUUACGAAUGAUUACUGAAUGGUUACGUAUCACUAUCGGCAGUGAAUGUGCCUUUUUCUAGUGUUGCAAUAAAUCGCUUUUAUUCUACCUG